AACGACGCCAACGGACAUCCUCAAGACUUCGCCAUGGUUCAGGAAUCAAAUUUCACUCGUUUCGUCGAGAUUGGCCGUGUCGUGCUUCUCAAAUCUGGCCCUAGCGCAGGCAAUAUCGCCGUGAUCGCUGAGAUCAUCGACCACAACCGGGCAAUCAUCGACGGCCCUACCACCGGCGUCCCCCGCCAAUCCUACCCCUACCGAUACCUCACCCUCACCCCCCUCACCGUCAAGGGCCUUCCCCGCGCUGCCGGUUCAGGUGUCGUCAAAAAGUACCUUGAGAAGGAAUCCACGUUGGAGAAGUGGAACAAGACGUCGUGGGCGCAGAAGCUCGCCGCCGUCGAGAAGCGACGGACACUUAACGACUUCGACCGCUUCUCAGUCAUGCUGCACAAGAAGGCGCGUCGCGACCGGGUGCGCAAAGCUGUCAAGGCUGCUGGGAAGGCAUGAGAGCUUUCGUGCGGAGUUAGUGUAGUUUUUUUGAGAGGAGAGAGCAAGUCGAGGAGAGGUGGGAGGCCGGACGGCAGGGUAAAACAGCCUUUGGCACGAGAGACGGUGCCGCCACGCACUUUAUUAUCAUCUUUUGCAUUCUUUUUAUGCCCACCACACAAUAUGACAUGCGGCAUGUAUUCCUGUCCC